AUGUCUACCUACAUGCAACCGAUGUUGGUCAGUUUCUCAGUGGCCAUUCUUCUCGGUUUGACCUCCUUGGGGGGACUAAACCAUCGGGCUUCGGGCCAAGUUUCAGCCCAAGCUCUUCCAAAUAAUCUCACAACUGAGCCCUCGGUGAUUCCAGAGGCUGCCCUGGCAACACCAACUGCGGACACAGAGGAUAAAACAGCACCAGGCGGUGCUAAUCGUUGCUGGGGCUACUACGAUGUCAUGGGCCAGUGGGACCCACCCUUCAACUGUAACGCGGGGAUCUAUAGCUUUUGUUGUGGCUCCUGUUUCUACCGCUUUUGCUGCCAAUUCAAAAUCCACAGUUUGGAUCAGACCUCUUGUUCAAACUAUGACACGCCUGUCUGGGCAAACACCGGGCGACCGGCGGCACCCGUCACAGAGCUCCAGCAGGAACCCGACCGUGAUCGAACCCACAUGAUCGUGUAUAUUAUCUGUGGCGUGGUGGCCAUCAUGGUGCUCAUCGGAAUUUUCACCAAGUUGGGGCUGGAGAAGAGUCGAGGUGGACAAACGGACAUGACCAAUUCCAGGACUUUGACAGAGCUGCUGAAGCAGCCAGGCGAGGCAGGAGUUGUGGAUGGAACCGGAAUACACCACCCUAUAGGCACCAAUGGGAUCUCGGCCAGGGCGUUACGCACCAACAACGAUCACAACCAUUUGAAUAAUGCAGCCCUGUCUCCUCUGGGUCCAGCCAUGGCCUUGUCUCACCCUCAUAACAACCUGGGAAUCGGUUUCAAUAAAUACACCUCACUGAAGGGUGUGGACACAACUCCCAGAGACUACUACAAGAGCUAUCCAAUGGUAGAUUACACCCACCGCCAGUCUCCUCCUACGUUCCAGCCAAUCAACUUCCACCCUAAAGAAAAGUCCUUCCUCCCGCCACCUGACAUCCACGCACCGCUGGCCAUUACCAUCAACGCCUCCCAGAUCCCCAAGCCCAAAAUAUCCAAAACCAACACCCACCCGCUCACGUCGGGAUCGGCCUUCAAAGCCUGGGACCCCAGCAAGAGCCACGUCCAGCGCCCGGCUGCACCACACAUGGUGCUUCAGGGCCCGCAGCAUCACCACACCAUCCAGCAGCAGCAUCACCAACCGCUGCACCAUCAGCCCAACAGCCGGCGCCAAGCCUACUCCAACAAACGGCAGUUCAGCAUUGAAACGCUGCCCGAGCUCUUCUCCCAGCCGCUGGGCUACGGCCAUUCGCCGCACACGCACCCCAAGCACAAGGGACUGCCGACCAACAGCAAGACAGAGGUCACUGUUUGA